UUGGAGCUUUGCGGAAACGGAAAACCAUUUUUUUAGUGAACAGUAGUUUGCUGGUUUCUUCUCAUAUUUUUAAGAGAACUCCACGUUUAUAUUUAAUUGUUAUUUAAUUUAAACUAAUUUCAUCUUUAUCAAAAAUGGCUUCUUUGGCACACCGGCCAUUGGUUAGUGUUUACACUGAACAGAAUAAGAGAUCAGGAGUCAACGUUAAAUUGCCAGCAGUUUUUAGGGCCCCAAUUAGAACUGAUAUCGUUCAGUUUGUCCACACUAAUAUAAGGAAAAAUCUUCGACAACCUCAUGGAGUAUCUAAAGAUGCAGGUCACCAAACAAGUGCCGAGUCUUGGGGUACUGGUCGUGCCGUAGCUAGAAUUCCACGUGUUAAAGGUGGUGGUACCCAUCGAUCAGGUCAAGGAGCCUUCGGUAACAUGUGUCGAGGAGGAAGAAUGUUUGCUCCAAUCCGAGUUUGGCGACGAUGGCACAGAAAAGUUCAUCGCAAUCAACGACGAUAUGCUAUCGUCUCAGCUAUUGCAGCAUCUGGUGUGCCUGGUAUAGUAAUGGCUAAAGGUCAUAAAAUCCAAGAGGUUCCCGAAUUUCCUUUGGUUGUCUCAGACAAAGUUCAAGAAAUCUCUAAAACUAAGGACGCUGUCAAAUUUUUGAGACGAGUUAGAGCUUGGAAUGAUGUUGAAAGAGUUUACAACUCCCGAGGAAUCAGGGCUGGUAAAGGUAAAAUGCGAAACAGGCGAAAGGUUCAAAGACUCGGACCAGUUCUUAUUUACGGAAAAGAUUCUGGUUGCACUAGAGCUUUCCGCAACAUCCCAGGUCUUGAAACUAUCAAUGUUGAGAAGUUGAACCUUCUUCGUCUUGCUCCCGGUGGACAUGUAGGUCGAUUCUGUAUCUGGACUGAGAGUGCUUUCCGUAAACUUGAUGACCUUUACGGAACUUGGACAAAGGCUUCUAAGCUUAAGCGUGACUACAACCUUCCUCAACCUAAGAUGUCUAACAGUGAUGUCACUCGUCUUAUGAAAAGCGAAGCAAUCCGAAAAGUUCUUAGGAAACGAAACACUCGUGUUUACCGAGCCAGAAUUAAGCGUAAUCCUCUUAAAAAUCCAUCUGUUAUGUUACGUCUUAAUCCAUAUGCUGGAGUUCUUAAAAAGAGACUUCGCCUUCAAAAUAUCAGACGAAGAAAUGCUCGUCGUGUGCUUCUUAAAGCAGCCGCUGGACAGAAAGUCAGUGAUAAAUCUAAGAAGGAGGCCCUUGCCACUCUCAAGAAAUAUCACAGAACAUCUAAGGAUGCUCGAAAACUUUAUGAAACUAGAUACAAGGCUAGAAAGGAACAACAAAUAGCAAAAUUAGAAAGAAAGCGAAAGGCUAUCGAGGGAACAGGAGAAGAAGCAACGAGAUUACGAAAACAAAAGAAAGCCGAUAAAUAAUGUUAUCAUAUAACUAAUGAUUCGCUUUUGUGACAAAUUUUGUGAAAAAUUGGUUAACAUAAAUAAAGUUAAACUUCCUUUGGAUAAAACUAAA